AUGGUGCAACAAGAUACACACAUGAUGGAGACCGAGCUCCUUGAGGACUUCCUAUUCGCGGAGAGUCAGCAGCAACAGCAGCAGCAACAAGAACAACAAGAGCAGCAGCACCAGCAGCCCGGUAGUUAUGGAGGCGGCGACGGUGAGGAACAGCACGGCGAUGAUCUUUUCAGCACCUUCAUCAACACCGACAUGCUCCUACAGCCGUCCAAUUACACGCUCCAACCGCAGCACACCUCUUCGAUGAUGCUGGGCGUGGGCGCCCCAGACUUGCUGAACGGCUUCUCAGAGCCGCGCCAGCCUCGCAAGUCCAUUUCGCCUCUGGGUGGUACCAGCGACAUCCAGAGCCCCGCUCCGAGUAUCUCCACGGGCCUCACCACGCCGCCGCAAGCUAUGAGCUAUAGCCAGGGCUGCGAGCGCCUUGUGGAUCGUUCUCUGCAGUUUGGCAGAACGAAGCCCAUUCAGUCCGCCUAUCUGAAUUCCAGCGAUUUCUUAGACAUCCCCGAGGACACGUUGCCUUACAAACUUGUUGUUUCUGGAAUGCCCUCUGCGUCGCGAGUUGAAACUCAGAUUAAGCUUGAGCUUUCUAUCUCUCCUCCUCCUCGCGAAUACAUCGUGCAUUUGCCUACCGACUGCAUCACUAAACAAAAAUGGUAUCUGGAAGAUGACAUUACUACAUACCCUCGCGAAAUUCAGAACGAGAUUCUCUACCUGGAAAGCUUUUUAGUGUGUGCUUCUAACGGGAAGCCCACUUACGUUUGCAGCCGAUGCGUCAAGCGUGAACAGCGCAGAGCGUCUCGACGCAAAUCAGGUCUUUGCGACAAUAUGUUAUGGUGUAACAAUGAAAACAGACGUGCUGUUGUAUUUAACAGCAAGCAAGUCUUUUCUAUCAAAGAUGUCAACUGUACUCCUCAAUUCAAAUCUUUUGACCUGUCCACUAGAAUAGUUUGCUACUGCCGUCACCACAAGGAGCCCGAAGGCUUCAAAAUCUUGUUUGUCCUAAGAAACGCCAAUCAAGAGGUGUUGGCAAAAAGUUUAACGGGGCCUAUCAUGAUCAUGGAUAAAAAAUCAAACAGGGACGCGGCUGCAAACACUUCACUCCAGGAUUCUGUUGCGGACUCUAAUAACAACACGGAUGGAUCCAGAAGCGAGAGAAGUGAAAUUCCGAAUGUCACUUCCACUAGCGACUUUAGCGGGAUGGAGAACCACAAACCUAGAGAUGACUUUAUGCAUCUUUCUGUCAAAGGCGAGCACAUGCUAUCUCCCACCUCCAUGGGUGGAGAUAGUUCGGAGGCACAUGCUACCGAUGCUAAUGUGGUCGAAUCGUAUGGCCCAAGGGGCGCUGCAUCAUCAGUGUCUUUGCCCGAUAAAGCGUCUGGCUACAAGCGAAAGAGAUCUUCACCAGACUAUAACUCCACGGCAAUUGGCUUUUCUCCACAGAAUUUUACGAAGCCUCAUGCCAAUUCAAACUUUAGCAAGUCAUUGUCUGCUUCAUCUUCCAACCACUCAAUACCUCUUCUCAAUCAACCCGCUCAUAACAAUCCUACGGCUGCCAUGAUGACAGCUACGAAUAGCAUGCUGCGCGAGAUUUCAGAUCUGGCCGAGGUGCCUCAAGCCCCUCGUCCCUAUAUUAAUCGUGUGAUUCCCUCCCAGGGACCUGUUAAGGGUGGGAUUGAAGUAACCCUUCUAGGUUCAAACUUCAAGCCUGGGAUGAUAGUAAAGUUCGGACAGAAUCGGGCCUUAUCAACUCAAUGCUGGUCAGAAUCAACUCUUGUUACGUAUCUUCCACCUUCCUCAAGGGCCCAGGAAGUGCUUGUAACAGUAUUUGAAAAAGAGGAAGAACAACCAGAAGUUCUCGGCACCAUGUCAAACAGCAAAGCAAUUUUCACUUACGUUGACGACACAGAUAGACAACUUAUUGAGCUAGCUCUUCAAAUUGUUGGUCUGAAAAUGAACGGUAAGUUAGAAGAUGCUAGAAAUAUAGCAAAACGUAUUGUUGGUCAUGAAGGAAACUCUUCAAAUAGUACGCCUUCCCCUUCUGCGAAUAAUGCUCCUCAAAACUCUUACAACAUCGGAAUGGGACAAGUUCUGUAUUCUGACGAGAGUUUGCUGUUGAAGGUCAUCAAGCUGCUCAAUUCCAGUUCUAAUUUAUCAAUGUGCGAUGAAGAAGGACAGACAAUGCUUCACCUUGCAUGCUUAAAAGGGUACUAUCAUUUAGCAUCGGCCUUAGUCAGAAAGGGAGCUCGAGUUGAUGCCAAGGACUCUUUUGGGUUCUUGCCUCUCCAUUUCGCCUGUUUAAAUGGUGAUGCAAGGAUAAUCCGUCUUCUUGUUCAGUGCAAGGCUACCGUGCAUGCAGAGACAAUUAACGGAUCUUCACCAAGGGCCCUGUUCAUUGCCAACCACGACACCGACGACGAAAGAUAUGAAGAUUAUCUGAAUGAGGUCUUAGACGCCCUCGACACUGAUUCCAGUAGCGAGGAGUACUCUUGUAAUAUGCUGCGGAAGCUUUCAGACAGUAGCUUUCAAUCAAGCGUAUUUGAUGCCGAGUCCUUGGCCUCGCUCAACGACAACAUACAAGUGCAUAUUUCCAAAAUGGCCGAAGAUACACUAUCUGACGACGAUGAGGAUCUGGACGGCUAUGAAGAAGACGGAGAUGAGUGCUUACUGCAGGACGACGAUGACUCUAUCGCAACUGCGGACAACUCACAAUCACAAGACUCUGCCCUUAUAGCGACAUCCCAAGAAGCACACAGACACUCAGGCCAGUUUGAAAACUCUAUUUGGAACCGGGUCUUGAACGCAUUUAAUGACGACCUUCCAAAAUACGAAGACCUGUUCCCCGUGCUGGAUAGAGAGAGAAAUAAAAAAUCUUUGCUAGCUAACCGCAACCCAACAGAACUAACUGCUACUCAAUCUAGCACUGCGGAAGAUUCGCAGACGUCCUCAGAAGAUGAGGAAGAUGCGCUACAAGCGCGCUUAAACCGUUUCUUUCAACAGCGGCAGAAUUUCCGAAAUGACAAAAUGUUGUUGUUCUUCUGGCUUCCCGUCGCCAUAAUUCUCUUAUCUUCGUUUUUGAUUUUUGAAUUUGGCCAUGAUGGGAACAGGAUUCAUCAUCUAUCGCAAGCGGUAUCUGAGUACUUGAGAGUCGGGCUGGCAAAUGUGAUGUUGGGCAACGAGAGGGUCAAAGGGGCAUUCAAGGGUUCAUUGCAUAGUCUUCAAGCUGGCGCUGCUGUUGCAGGAGGUAUAGAGGGCUCCUAG